CCAGCCGCACCUGGCCCGUGAAGCCCAGGGACCCCCUCUGGGAGAGCCCCAUGAGGGCAGGAGAGUGAUGGAGAGUACGCCCAGCUUCCUGAAGGACACCCCAGCCUGGGAGAAGACUGCCCCUGAGAAUGGCAUCAUGGGACGAGAGCCGAAUGCCCUGCCACGAGACGGCCUGCGCCACGGGGCACUGUGCCUGGGAGAGCCUGCUCCCUUCUGGAGGGGUGUCCUGAGCACCCCAAACUCCUGGCUUCCCCCUGGCUUCCCUCAGGGCCCCAAGGACACGCUCCCACUGGUGGAGGGUGAAGGCCCCCGGAAUGGGGAGAGGAAGGCCAGCUGGUUGAGCGGCAAGGAGGGGCUGCGCUGGAAAGAGGCGAUGCUCACCCAUCCAUUGGCAUUAUAUGGGUCAGCAUGCCCGCCUCGCUAUGGCCCCCUGAUUCCUGAGCAUAGCAGUGGCCAUCCAAAAAGUGACCCUGUGGCCUUCCGGCCCUUGCACUGCCCCUUCCUGCUGGAGACCAAGAUCUUGGAGCGAGCUCCCUUCUGGGUGCCCACCUGCUUACCACCCUACCUAGUGUCCAGCCUGCCUCCAGAGCGUCCAUGUGACUGGCCCCUGGCCCCGCACCCCUGGGUGUACUCCGGGGGCCAGCCCAAAGUGCCCUCUGCUUUCAGCUUAGGCAGCAAGGGUUUUUACCAUAAGGAUCCGAGUAUUCUCAGGCUGGCGAAGGAGCCGUUGGCAACGGUGGACCCUGGGUUGUUGGGCUUAGCCCCUGGCGGGCCGCUCCAGAGAAGCGGGGAGGCAGAGUGCCCUUCGCUCCACCCGAGGGAUGGAGAGACAGGCCUCGGCAGGCAUCAGAAUCUCUGCCCACUUCUCCUGGGGCAUCCAGACACUGUUCCCCGGACCCCCUGGCCCACUUGUCCCCCAGGCCUUGUUCAUACUCUUGGCAACGUCUGGACUGUCCCGGGCGGUGGGGGCCUUGGGUACCAGCUAAGGCCAUCAACCACAUCAAGGUGCCCCUCUCCUGGGCCUCCCACCACCCAGGUGGGCUGUUACUCAUCCCACCCACCUGCUGGAGAUGGAGGCCUUGGCCCUUGUGGGAAGUGCCAGGAGGGCCUGGAGGGGGGUGCCAGGGGGUCCGGUGAGUCCAUCGAGGAAGCAAACAAGGCCUCCGGUCCCAGGGCCUGCCUGCCCAACCACCACACCAAGCUGAAGAAGACGUGGCUCACGAGACACUCUGAGCAGUUCGGGUGCCCGGGAGGCUGCCCUGGGGACGAGGAGAGCCCAGCUGCCCCGCUUCAGGCCCUCAAGAGGGCAAGUAGCCCUGAGGUCCAGGGAGUGGCCGGCAGCCCAGCCGCCAAGCGCCCCCCUGACCCUUUCCCAGGCAGUGCAGGGCAGGACGUCCUGGACUCAUCACCGGGGAACAAGGCGGAGGCAGAACAGCGUGCUGACCGCAGAGGACCCCGAGAUGGCAGGGCCGGCCUCCAGGACCCAGGGCGUCAGGAUGCACCUUGCUCAGCUCCCCCGGCAGGCAUUGCUCAGUGCCAAAGCUGUGCCCAGGCAGCGGGCGAGGUGGGAGGGCUGGCCUGCCACUCCCAGCAAGUGCCCAGAUCGUCUCUGGGAGGGGAGCAGCAGGAGGAAGACUCGGCAGCCAGCUCCGAGGAGGGAGGAGGCUCUGGUCCGAAGGCCGGGCCCAGCGUGGGCCUCGCCAAACACCUUCUGAGUGGUUUGGGGGACCGACUGUGCCGCCUGCUGCGGAGGGAGCGGGAGGCCCUGGCCUGGGCACAGCGGGAAGCAGGCCAGGGGCCGGCUAGGACAGAGGACAACCCAGGCGUUCCAGGUUGCUGCAGCCGCUGCCACCAUGGACUCUUCAACACCCACUGGAGUUGCCCCCGCUGCAGCCACCGGCUGUGUGUGGCCUGUGGUCGCAUGGCGGGUGCUGGGAGGGCCAGGGAGAAAGCAGGCUCUCCGGAGCAGCCCACGGAGGAGUGUGCCCAGGAGGCUGGGCACAGCGCCUCCUCCCUGAUGCUCACCCAGUUUGUUUCCAGCCAGGCCCUGGCAGAACUGAGCACCGCAAUGCACCAGGUCUGGAUCAAGUUUGAUAUCCGGGAGCACUGUCCCUGCCAAGCUGAUGCCCAGGUGUGGGCCCCUGGGGAUGGGGGCCAGCAGAAGGAGCCUAGAGAAAAAAACACCCCAACUCCACAACCUUCCUGCACGGAGGACACCAACAGGACCAAGGACAUCAAAGCGGAGACCCUGGACUCCACAGAGACCCCUGCCAAGGACCGUGCCAGCCGAGGGCCCCUGCCUUGUCCCUCUCUCUGUGAACUGCUGGCCUCCACUGCUGUCAAACUCUGCUUGGGGCACGAGCGGAUACAUAUGGCCUUUGCCCCUGUCACUCCAGCCCUGCCCAGCGAUGAUCGAAUCACCAAUAUCCUGGACAGCAUCAUCGCGCAGGUAGUGGAACGGAAGAUCCAGGAGAAAGCCCUGGGGCCUGGGCUGCGGCCUGGGCCAGCCCUGCGCAAGGGUCUGGGCCUGCCCCUCUCACCAGUGCGGCCUAGGCUGCCUCCCCCGGGGGCUUUGCUGUGGCUGCAGGAGCCCAGGCCUCGGCGAGGCUUCCACCUCUUCCAGGAGCACUGGAGGCAGGGCCAGCCUGUGUUGGUGUCAGGGAUUCAGAGGACAUUGCAAGGCAGCCUGUGGGGGACCGAGGCUCUUGAGGCGCUUGGAGGCCAGGUGCAGGCGCUGACCUCCCUCGGGCCUCCGCAGCCUACAAACCUGGGCACUGCAGCCUUCUGGGAUGGAUUCUCCCGGCCUGAGAGGACAGGGCCUCUGGGCAAUGGCCUCUCUGUUCCUCCCCUAGUUCGCCCAAAGUCAUCUGAGGGCUCAGUCCUCCUGCUGCACAGAGCUCUGCGGGAUGAGGACACAAGCAGGCUGGAGAACCUGGCUGCCAGCCUGCCCCUCCCAGAGUACUGUGCCCAACAUGGGAAACUCAACCUGGCUUCCUACCUCCCACCGGGCCCUGCCCUGUGUCCACUGGAGCCCCAGCUGUGGGCAGCCUAUGGUGUAAGUCCACACCGUGGGCACCUGGGGACCAAGAACCUCUGUGUGGAGGUGACUGACCUGGUCAGCAUCCUGGUCCGUGCUGAAGCCCCACUGCCUGCCUGGCAUCGGGCACAGAAAGACUUCCUCUCAGGCCUGGACGGGGAGGGGCUCUGGUCUCCAGGCAGCCAGGUCAGCACCGUGUGGCACGUGUUCCGGGCACAGGACGCCCAACGCAUCCGCCGUUUUCUCCAGAUGGUGUGUCCGGCUGGGGCAGGCAACCUGGAGCCUGGCACCCCAGGAAGCUGCUACCUGGAUGCAGGGCUUCGGCGGCGCCUGCGGGAGGAGUGGGGUGUGAGCUGCUGGACCCUGCUGCAGGCCCCCGGAGAGGCUGUGCUGGUCCCCGCAGGGGCUCCCCACCAGGUGCAGGGCCUGGUAAGCACAGUGAGUGUCACUCAGCACUUCAUGUCCCCCGAGACCUCUGCCCUCUCUGCUCAGCUCUGCCACCAGGGGUCCAGCCUGUCCCCUGACUGCCGCCUGCUUUGUGCCCAGGUGGACUGGGCUGUGUUCCAAGCAGUGAAGUUGGCUGUGGGAACAUUACGGGAGGCUAAAUAGAGGGAUCCCAGGUGUCUGGGGUAGAGGUGGUGGGUAGGUAGACCAGGUGCUCAGCUCAGGCACAGCAUAAGCAGAGAAGACACUGGGGACUCGGGGACUUUUGGUCAAUUCCACACGCACCACUCUGGGUACCAGCAGGACACCCUGUUUCCCACUUCUAACCUGGACCCUAAAGCCAACAACCACAGUGCCACUGAAGUUCACACCUGCCCUUCGCAGGCUGGCACCUGCUCCACCCCUGUGCCCCUCUCCAUGGUACCAGGCCCACACUGGGGGUGCUGACUCCCUUCAGCCCCCUGCCCCCCAACCCAGGAGACAAACAGCCUUUCCUUGGGGGACUUUGGGAAUCACUCUGGCUUAAGCAACACCUUCUGCUCCCUCAUCUCCUGCUGUCCCACCUGCGCCAAGCUCUGUUACACACCCACCUCCUCACGGGACUCUGGGCGCCCAUGCACUGCAGGCAUCUGGACAAGGGGCCGCUGAAAUCCUGCCCUCUUGUUCGAGGGAGAGCUGUGACGCGUGGGGCGGGGGUGGCCUCAGGACACUACCCAGGCUUGGCUGAAGGGAAUGAUAGGGGUGAGGCCCUGUCCCUGUUCCCUCCUCUCACCUCCCUCCUUCCUAUUUUCCAUUAAAGUCUGUUGUUUUCUGAAAGCCACCAGGCCAGUGUGGUUGGCCCUGCUCCUGCUGGCCACAUAGAUUGGGGAGGGAGGGGAGACAUGGAAAUGGAACCAGGUGGGCAGGAGCUGGGCUGUCCCUGACAGGGGCCUCAAACACCCCUGCCUGCUCUUCUUCCCUGGACCUGGGUCCCUCCCUCUCACUGAGCAGAUGGAGCCUUCCAGGGGGCUACCCUGAGGAUGCUCCUGACAAGCGACAAUAGCAAGGCAGAGCCCUGGGCACAGCAGCAAGGUGGCUUUGACCCCAACCCUCCCCAAAAACUCCAGGCUACCCCAUCUCUUCCAUCUGAUCUGACUCGGAGCUCCGGGAGUGUGGCCCAGGAGAGCCCCGGCCAGGGCUUGGCCUGCUGCCUGAGCCGGUUGGCAGCCCCUCCCCAUCCCCAGGGCUCUCUGGUGUGGCUCUGCCUGUUCCCCUGCCCUAGCACACCUCAGCCAGCAUGCUCCCACUCGUCAUACCUGAUUGUUCUGCGGUGGUUCGGGAAAUGUGUGUGUGAUUUUUUUAAUAAAAUAAAAUUUUUUAUUAUAAAUUUAA